AUACUGCAAAAGCUGCUCAGAACAGGCUUUCCUCUGAAAACAGUGCCGUUCCUUUUUAAAGACUGAAUCUAAAUGUCUCUGGAGAGAAGAAACAUUCUGCAUUUUCAGAUGCUUACUGAUUGUGAGGAACCGCAGCAGCUUCAAAGCAGCACUACACGGUCUAUACAUCAGCAGUACUGCUGAAACAAUGGCACCAUACAGACACGUUUUCAUUAAGGUCAUUUCUGAAGAGACGUUUAUAACCCUCUUCCCCUCAUCCUCUACUAACAAGCAAACAAAAUGAAUCAAUCAAAACGGGAAAUGCUUCAACUACAUCAAGAAUUUAUCAUAUCUUUAGCAGAGGACCUAAAGCAGCUAAUUCAGUAUUUACAACUUACAAUAUGAAGAAUGCAUCUGAUUGAGUUUCCCUAGCUCUGUGAGCUACGAACUGCAAGAUGCACUUAUAAAUAUGAUUUUAAGAAACUGAAGAGUUAAAACCAAGGAAUCAAUCUACAAUACUGCUGGAAUAUUAAAAAAUUAACAGUACCCUAAGAAGAUGCUGAAUACAAUAAUCACAAAAAGAAAAUAUAACUGUAAAAGGCUGAAACAAAAUGGUGAGCAUUUUUAAAGGAGGAGUUUACACUUGAACACAUGAGAAUUAUGGAAGCUACUAAUGUUGAAGAAACAAUGAAACACGAAUUCCAAAAAGGAGAAUGUACCAACGAGCAAAACAAAGCUUUAGCAAGUGUUUUCUGCACUAAAUAUUCAGGAUAUUCAUAUCAAUUGAUAUGACUAAUGGAUUUUCCAUCUGAGUUUUAUGACCAAUUAUGUGUCCUCUUCUAAUGAAAACAAACCAAAUUAAAUAGCAGAUGGUUUCUAUCAAGAGAGCAUGGACUGGAUUUAUAAUGUAAAGCAAGUUAUGUGAUCAAGAAAUCAUUUCCCAAUAAUGAGGACUGCUGUACAAACAGAUUUACAGUUAUAACAAAAGGAUGUCUAAAUACAUUUUGGAAGCUAGAAACCUUAUGCUUCUCUUUUUCAGACACUAUCUUAAAGAGACUCUAUCAUACAUUUCCUCAAAGAAAAACACAAUUCCUAUCAUUUGAGGAAGUUUCUCUUGGUCGUGACUUUUUAAGGUAAAUCAAACACAAAUAUUAUGUACUGUUCUUUAGCAAUCCAUCAGCCAACUAAUCUCACAAUUCAUGCAGUUGAAGUAUUGGAGAGAAAAAUGAAAGAAUUCCUACAAGACAUGAGAUAGAAUACAGCUACUUCACUGUUCUCAGUGAACAAAAACAACUGCUCCAAAAGAAUGUGUCUCUCUCCUGUUCUGGAAAUCAACAUGCAGUCUGAUUCUAACAUUACAGUGCGAGAUGACAUUGAUGACAUCAACACCAAUAUGUACCAACCACUAUCAUAUCCAUUAAGCUUUCAAGUGUCUCUCACUGGAUUUCUUAUGUUAGAAAUUGUGUUGGGACUUGGCAGCAACCUCACCGUAUUGGUACUUUACUGCAUGAAAUCCAACUUAAUCAACUCUGUCAGUAAUAUUAUUACAAUGAAUCUUCAUGUACUUGAUGUAAUUAUUUGUGUGGGAUGUAUUCCUCUAACUAUAGUUAUCCUUCUGCUUUCACUGGAGAGUAACACUGCUCUCAUCUGCUGUUUCCAUGAGGCUUGUGUUUCCUUUGCAAGUGUCUCAACAGCAAUCAACGUUUUUGCGAUCACAUUAGACAGAUAUGACAUCUCUGUAAAACCUGCAAACCGAAUUCUGACAAUGGGCAGAGCUGUAAUGUUAAUGAUAUCUAUUUGGAUUUUUUCUUUUUUCUCCUUCCUGAUUCCUUUUAUUGAGGUAAAUUUUUUCAGUCUCCAAAGUGGAAAUAUAUGGGAAAACAAGACUCUUCUGUGUGUCAGUACAAAUGAAUACUACACUGAACUGGGAAUGUAUUAUCACCUUCUAGUACAGAUCCCAAUAUUCUUUUUCACAGUUGUGGUAAUGUUAAUCACAUAUACCAAGAUACUUCAAGCUCUUAAUAUUCGAAUAGGUACAAGAUUUUCGACAGGGCAGAAAAAGAAAGCAAGAAAGAAAAAGACAAUUUCCCUAACCACCCAACAUGAGACUACAGACAUGUCACAAAGCAGUGGUGGGAGAAACGUAGUCUUUGGUGUAAGAACUUCAGUUUCUGUAAUAAUUGCUCUCCGGCGAGCCAUGAAGCGACACCGUGAACGAAGAGAAAGGCAGAAAAGAGUCUUCAAAAUGUCUUUACUGAUUAUUUCUACAUUUCUUCUCUGUUGGACACCAAUUUCUGUUUUAAAUACUACAAUUUUAUGUAUAGGCCCAAGUGACCUUUUAGUAAAAUUAAGAUUGUGUUUUCUAGUCAUGGCUUAUGGAACAACUAUAUUUCACCCUCUACUAUAUGCUUUCACUAGGCAAAAAUUUCAAAAGGUCUUAAAAAGUAAAAUGAAAAAACGAGUUGUUUCCAUAGUUGAAGCUGAUCCCAUGCCUAACAAUGCUGUAAUACACAAUUCCUGGAUAGAUCCUAAACGAAACAAAAAAAUUACCUAUGAAGAUAGUGAAAUAAGAGAGAAAUGUUUGGUACCUCAGGUUGUUACAGACUAAGGAAAAAUCUAAGUUUCACCAAAUCUAUAUUGUGAAAAGUUUAAAAUUUAAAUUGUAAAAAAUGGAAUUACUGCCAAAUAUAAGGAUACAUUUUAAGUAUUGGUUAUGUUGUAAAUUUUUAAUGUGAAUGUCGAUAUUAGGUCAUAUAUAUUCAAUUUCUUCAUUACUUAAUGUAUUUGUUGCAUGGCAGUUUGUUAAAGUAUAUCAUGUGUAUAUUUUGUCAUGAUUAUGUCCAUCACAAAAUAUUCAUGUAAGUCAUAUUUUCUAAAGAAUAAAUACAUAGCCUUAAAGCAGUGUAUAAUUUUAAAAUAUAAUGGACACAGGUAUCUGCUUUUUAAAAAGAUAUAAUGUGUAUUGUUUGUAAUCCACAACUACAGAUAUAUUUAUAUGACAGCUAGAGUAACAUUUAACAUGAAAAACAAAGUU